UAUUUUGAAACUUUGAUCGGUUUGGUUGUAUUGAAAAUUAAUAAAUCGCAUAUUUAACGCGAAUAUAGAGUUGAGGCGCCAAACAGUUAUUUGAAAAAGUGAAACAAGACAACUUCAUAAAAUGAUCACUUGCUUUUCUAAAUAAAUAAACCAAACAAUAUUAAAGUGAAAUGUUAAAAGGAAAAUUAUCAAGCAGUAUUAAUAAAAUAAUUGCACAAUUCACAAAGUUCAGUGAAGUGGUGUAAAAAAGUACUAAAAAGUUCGACUGAAAAGAUCUGAAAAAAGUUUUGGUGUAUAGUAAAUUUCUAAUGUUAAACAAUAAAAGAAAUUUGAUGCAAAAGUUAAGAAAAUUCUUGAUGUGUGAUAAAUAAGAAUAAUAAAUUAAAACGGAAUUCGGACACAGAAACCUAAUUAUUUGAAUUUGAAAAAUAAAGAAUAUUCAAUAAUCCCGCAAAUUCUAGUUUUAAAGUUAAAGCUUGAAAACGAAAUAUAGAGAGUUGAGAAACAAAAUUCUUCAAAUGGCAGUGCAUAUUCAACCAGGGGAAGUUCUUUAAAUUGGAUUUUAAUUUUUUUUGUUACAUUUGGGUUUUUAAUAAAACAGCCUCCCCAAUGAAAUGUAAAAGCUGGUCGAAUAAAAUCAACAAUUUUGUUGUGCGUCGCCUGAAGUCAAUUAAGAUAAACGGUCAACAGCAACAACAAAUUCUGUCGCCGUGCAGCACGAUGCCAGCGAUGCCAAAAGAAAAGGCUACCGCAGUAUCGUUGAAUGAGAAUAAUUUUAGUGAAUUGAAAUUGAAAGAGUUGGCUACUAGCGCUACCGUUGCUGCCACCGCCAUGGCCACAACAGCGGCAAGUCGCAUGCAACAGCAUACGUCAAACACCCCCACGCACCAUCUUCCCGCUACAGUACAGACUCCAACAUCGCUGCCUCCAGCGGUACAACAACAGACAAUGCCCCAACAGCAUCGGUCACAACGCCAAACACAACAACAGCAGCAGCCACAGUCCCGCAACAGUGUUUGUGGCUGUGGCAUUGCCUCGACCAUACCGGAGACAGUGGGCAGCAUAAAUCAUGGCAGCAGCAGUAAAUAUUUAACCAAUGGACAUUCAUCACCUUUGGCCGCCGCUGUUGCUGCUGCACAGCAAAAUGGUGCCACAUCACCGCAACACACACCGACAUGUUGUCGAUAUCAACAACAGCAGCCACAUAAUGGUUACAUUGGUGAACAACAGUCACUACGCACAAACAAUGGACUUGCAGGUGGUGGUGCAGCUGCACCCACCACCGCCAUCAAUAUCGCCUCGGCUUCCACACUCUCUGCAACGUCCCCAGCCUGUGCCUCAACGUCCCCCACAAAUAACGUGGCUGUAACUCCGCCAAAGAAAUCGCCAAACGACUACAUCUUUGGCAAGUACAUUGGCGAGGGCAGCUUCAGCAAUGUGUACCUCGCAGUGGAUGUGCACACGAAGCGUGAAUUUGCAAUUAAGGUGUGCGAGAAACGCCACAUUCUGCGUGAGGAUAAGCAGGAGUAUGUGCGGCGUGAGCGCGAAGCCAUGCACAUGAUGACCAAUGUGCCCGGCUUUGUGAAUCUGUCGUGUACGUUCCAGGACAGACGUUCUCUGUACUUUGUGAUGACCUAUGCCAAGAAUGGCGAUUUGCUGCCGUACAUCAAUAAGGUGGGAUCCUUCGAUGUGGACUGCACACGCCACUAUGUGGCCGAAUUAGUAUUAGCUUGCGAGCAAAUGCACCGUCGCAAUGUGGUGCAUCGUGACCUGAAACCUGAGAAUAUCCUAUUGGAUGAAGACAUGCACACACUGAUAGCCGAUUUCGGUUCGGCGAAAAUCUUCAAACCCGAUGAGCGUUCCUCUGUGGCCAGCACUUGUGUAAAUGUGCCGUCUACGUUGACGCGUAGUAGCCGUUUUCCGAAUCGCAGUGAUGAGGAUGAGGACGAGGACGCCGAGGACACCAAUGAUACUGGCAGCGAUGAGGAUCGCACACAUAGUGGGCGACCAGGACGUUAUUACAAUCGCAGACGCAAGGGCAGCUUUGUAGGUACGGCACAAUACGUUUCGCCAGAGGUUUUGCAAAAUGGACCCAUUUCACCCGCUGCUGAUCUAUGGGCUCUCGGCUGUAUAGUCUACCAGAUGAUAUCUGGCUUACCGCCUUUCCGCGGCAGCAAUGACUAUGUCAUAUUCAAGGAAAUUUUGGCUUGCGACCUCGACUUUCCACAAGGCUUCGACAAAGAUGCUGAGGAUCUAGUCAGAAAACUAUUGAAGGUAAAGCCUGAAGAGCGCUUGGGUGCACAAGACGGAGGUGGUUCCUAUGUGAGCAUACGUUCACAUCCGUUCUUUAACGGUAUUGACUUUGGCACUGUGCGACAACAAACUCCGCCCCCAAUAUACCCAUACUUGCCGGGCGUUUCGAAAGACGAAGACUUUCGCUCACAAUACUGUAUGCCCGAAAAUCUCGAACCGGGCUUGGACGACAAGCAACUUACCCGUUUGCUCGGCAUUGAAUUAGGCACAUCGCUUGGUGGCGGCGAUUGCAAACAGAAUGGCAGAGAGAUUGAGAAAAAGACUGUAAUAAAAAAUAUUUACGACAUUUCGGAUGCUGAGAAACAGAAACGUUUAGAGCAACAAAAGUCUGAUAAGUGGCACAUCUUUGCUGACAACGAGGUCAUAUUGAAGAAGGGCUAUAUCAAUAAACGCAAAGGCCUGUUCGCACGCAAGCGCAUGUUGCUGCUCACGACGGGCCCGCGCCUGAUCUACAUCGACCCCGUACAGAUGGUGAAGAAAGGUGAAAUACCAUGGAGCGCCGAACUGCGUGUUGAGCCUAAAAACUUCAAAAUAUUCUUUGUGCAUACGCCCAACCGAACAUACUAUCUGGACGAUCCUGAUGGAUAUUCGCUCGAAUGGGUCGAUUCCAUCGAAAGAAUGCGAAAACUCGUCUACCCAGACAGUGAGACAGUGGCAGUUGCGUCAACAGCGACGGGCACUUCGCCGAAAUCGUCCCAUCGAACAAAUUCACCAACGGCGCUGGCCAACGGCAGCACCUCCGGUGGCAGCAGUAGCAGUGGCAACAUGUUGACGGCAGCUAUCGCCGCUGCAACUGGCCGGACGAUGAAAACGGCGUCAAACUGAAUGAAGCGCCAGCCGGAAUUCAUAUAUCUACUGAAGGCGCAACUAAAAUCUUACAAAACCCCAAAAACGUCGUUCAAAUGCCUAUAGCGGGCGAAGCGAAAGGCGAAGGCAGCAACUACAGUAGCUGUUGGACAAAUAAGCGCCGAAGAAUAUGGAAUAAGAUAAAUAACAAGAGAGCAGACUCAGCAAGUGGCGGGCGAGUUGCUGUGUUCACAUCUAAAAAAUGUUUAGAACAAAUUUAGUUCAAAUCAUCAAAUACAUAAAAUAAUUAUUAAUUACUAAAAAUAUCAAUUAAAUUAAUGUAUAGUAUACAACUGCAGAAGUGUAGCGAAUAGCAGAAUAGCAAAGCAUAAUUGUAGCAUGAAAACAUGAAAACAAGAAGAGCAGAAAGAAUAGCGCAGAAGUAGGCAGAAUUAAGGUCAUAGCAAAAAUGCGUAUAGCAAAAUUAGUAAACAAUAUUUAGCGUUUAAGUGUGCAAAUCCAAAAUAUGUAGUUGCAAAUGCGAAAACAGGAGGAAGCAUAGCAGUGAAUGGGUAAAAAAGUAUGCGAGAAGUUGAGGUGCACAUGUGAAGGCGUGACGUAAUGUACAUAUGUAUGUAUAUGCAAUGCAGCGGGGGAGUUGAAGAGUUGUAAAUCGAAUGACGUAGUGUAUAGUAUAUAUUCAACCAGAAACAGAUAAACAUAAUAUUUACGAAUAUGCUAUCUUUACAACAACUAAAACAAUACUAAUGCAAUACAGUUAAUGCAUGCAAACAUAUAUGUACAUACAUAUGUGGUCAGCAUUUUGAGCAAGCAUAUACACAUACAUUUGUAUAUGCCAACAUACAUACAUAUUUAGCAAACACACAUGCAAAAGUAUAUACGAAGUGGAGCAUAAUUUAAAUUAAUGUAAUUCUAAUUGUAAACAAAUGUGAAUAUUUUGUAGUUAGUCACAAUUAAAUGAAUUAUACACCAGCAGAGCAGGCAUGCAGACAGACGUACGUUCAUAGUAAAAUGAGAGAGAAAACUAUUAAGCUAGAACUAACUAAACGAUGCUAGCUAGCAAAACAUAUGGCAGUAGGCAAAGCAUAGCAAAGCAGGGCAAUGUGUAAUGCAACGUCAAGUAAAUACUACAAUAUAAUUAAAAUCGUAUAUAUAAUAACUACAAUUAUACCAUACAUAUAUAUUAUACUCUAUAUACAUCAUGUAUACAUGAUCAGGCAAAAAAAAAAAAAACAACAAAUACUGCAUACAU